GUGUAUGUAUAAUCUAUUUUUAUCAACUUAGCACCUACAUACUAGUAUCAACUAGUCAAUGCAUAUAUAGAUACGAGUUGGUUUAGAUAAUGUAUUCUAUCAGUUUAUUGAGCCAUCAACGUGUAAGAAAAUCUAAUUUUCUAAAGACUCCCACCUUCCACCUCUUUGCCAAACAUUAUAACAUGUCACAAAUUGUUUUUACUUUUUUUAUUGUCAACCACAAAUUGUUUUACUUAACAAAUGUAAAAUACAGCAUUUAAGUUAUAGAAAGGGGAAAAGUGAAAUAAUUAUUAAGCAGUCGGCACACUUUUGCUUCUGUCAUGAUUCACAGGCCGAAACGGUGUCGUCUGGUGGUUUUUCCCAGAAAAAACGGAGAUCAAAUGGGUUCCACAUAAGGCCCACAAACAGCGGACACGGCGCUACUUUUGAAUUUUCUUUAAAAAACGUUCAGCGUUUGGUCAAAACACCUUACAGACGCCUCGAACGUUCCUUCUCUAGACAUAUAUAACGACUGUUAAUACCUCCGCUAUCUUCUAGACUUCUACCCAGUCAAACACUUACCACGUGUCUAUUUACCGUCUAAAUCCAACGUCGUUAAUUCCGCUCGCACGACCGCUUUAAAAACCACGUUUUCAUUUUCUCAUCUCUCUCAUUUAACUAUUAGUCAGCGAUUCCCCUCUCUCUCUCAGAUCCUCUCACCGAGUCAGAAGGUUUUAAAAGAUGCCGUCAACGCCGCCUACAACUCCGUCCACGACGUCGUAUUGGUGUUACAGCUGCACGCGAUUCGUCAGCGUCUGGGCUGAACACGGCACCACCGAGGGCCUCGCUUGUCCUCACUGCGACGGCGGAUUCAUCGAAGAAGUCACCGAUUCCUCCUCCGCCGCCGCCGCCGCCGAAUUAGCCUCCCCAGCUUCCGCCGAAGUUAGAUCGAUCAACAGCAGCCGUAGAUCCGUGAUUAGACGGCGGAGAUCCAGUCGCCGUCCCUCUUUUAACCCCGUCAUCGUUCUCCAAGGAGGCGCCGGCGAGGGAGAAGACGGAGACGCGGCUAGGGACCGACGCGCUUUCGAGUUUUACUACGAUGACGGAUCCGGAUCGGGUCUCAGACCUCUUCCGGAUUCAGUAUCCGAGAUCCUGAUGGGAUCCGGAUUCGAGCGGUUGCUCGAGCAGCUGAGUCAAAUCGAGGCGGCGGGUGGCGGAAUCGGCAGAUCCGGGAACCCGCCGGCGUCGAAAUCGGCGAUUGAGUCUUUGCCGAGAGUCGAAAUCUCCGAUUGCCAUAUAACCGCGGAGGCGAACUGCGCGGUGUGCACGGAGGUUUUCGAGGCGGAGACGGAGGCGCGUGAGAUGCCGUGUAAGCAUAUUUUCCACGAGGACUGCAUCGUGCCGUGGCUUUCGAUUAGGAACUCGUGCCCGGUCUGCAGAUUCGAGAUUCCUUCGGAGUCUAACCAACAAGGGAGCAGCGAGGAGGGUGAUAGCGCCGUGGGGAUGACGAUAUGGAGACUCCCCGGAGGAGGGUUUGCUGUCGGGAGGUUUAACGCGGCGAUGAGAGAUGGGGAGAGAGUGUUGCCUGUUGUGUUGACGGAGAUGGAUGGUGGUGGGCUUGGGGGUAACAGCGAGGGGCCUAGACGGAUCUCGUGGGUUAGAGGUAACGGGGCUGUUGAAUCAGAUGGUAGUAACGGUGGUGGAUCCGGGUCGGGAGGGAGGUUGAGACGGAUGGUUCGUGGAGUGGUGUCGUUGAUGAGGAGAGUGAGACCGAACCGUGGGUCGAAUUUAUCUUCUGCUGCUGUUUCAUCUUCGGACAGUGAAGUGGAAUCUAGGGUUAUGGAUCGGUCUAAUUCAGUGCUGAGGAGAUACUUUGGGAGGAACAGAAGUAACAGAGGUUCUUCAGUUCUGCAUUGAUAUAUAUAAUGGUUUGUUUUGUUCAUUAUUCAAGAGUGUAUAUAUAAGAGUUCAGAAGAAAGAUUGCAACUAUUUUUAAAAUUCGAUUGAUUCUUCGUAUGUUACAUUACAUCAAAAUUUCUUAAUGAUCAUUCAAGUUUUCAUGUU